AUGACAACGUUACCACCAUCUGCGUUGAAUCAAAAAUCCACUCGAGUCUACUCGGAGGCAAGAGUAUACCGUGAUGCAUGUGAAAAGAGACCACAAGAAUAUUGGGAUUAUGAACAAAGUGUCGUUAUCAAAUGGGGGAAAAUUUCCAACUAUGAAAUCAUCAAUAAGAUUGGUAGAGGUAAAUAUUCAGAAGUAUUUAGUGGAGAAUGUAUCAUAAAUCCUGAAGAUCACCACCACCACCAACAACAACAACAACAUGAAAAACAACAACCUUGUGUCAUUAAAGUUUUGAAACCGGUUAAGAUGAAAAAGAUAUAUCGUGAAUUGAAAAUAUUGAUGAAUUUAACGGGAGGUCCUAAUGUCAUUUCUUUAUUGGAUAUUGUUCAAGAUCAAAGUUCUAAGAUUCCUGCUUUGAUUUUUGAAGAGGUAAAAAAUAUGGAUUUUAGACAAUUAUAUCCGACUUUUAAAUUACCAGAUUUACAGUAUUAUUUCACUCAAUUGUUAAUAGCGUUGAAUUAUUGUCAUUCAAUGGGGAUCAUGCAUAGAGAUGUUAAACCACAAAAUGUUAUGAUUGACCCCAAGGAAAAAAAAUUAAGAUUGAUUGAUUGGGGGUUGGCUGAAUUUUAUCAUCCCGGUGUAGAUUAUAAUGUAAGAGUAGCAUCGCGUUAUCAUAAGGGACCUGAAUUAUUAGUCAAUUUGAAUCAAUACGAUUAUUCAUUGGAUUUAUGGUCAGUAGGUUGUAUGCUUGCUGCAAUUGUAUUUAAAAGAGAACCGUUUUUCAAAGGUUCAUCUAAUGCUGAUCAAUUAGUCAAGAUUGCUGCAGUAUUGGGGACUAAAGAAUUAUUAAGUUAUUUGAAUAAAUAUGGGUUAAGGUUACCAAGUGAAUAUGAUAAUAUUAUGAGAGAUUUUAUAAGAAGACCAUGGGAUCAUUUCACAGGAUCUUAUACUAAUUUGGCUGUACCUGAAAUGAUUGAUUUGAUUGAUAAUUUAUUAAGAUAUGAUCAUCAAGAAAGACUAACGGCACAAGAAGCAAUGGAUCAUCCAUUCUUUAAGGCAAAUUAUGAAUCUAAUAGUGAUGAAUCAAAUCAAAAUACCAUGGUAAGCAAUUGA